AUGGCUUUCCUCAGUUUAUUACCUCUUAGAGUUUUAUUCAGUCAUUUUGUUCAUUCUGCCAUCACAGGUGUGCUUCUUUCUGUCUGCCUAUUUGUAAAUGCUGCCGUAAUCCCUACACCAACUCAAACUGUCCCGAUUCCUCUUGUAACCUCUGAUGAAGAAGCAUCCGCUAAUACUCCUCCCAGCCCACAGGGGGCACUAUAUUUACAACAGCCUCCCAAAGAAAAAGCUGUGGAGGGUGAGGAUGUGGUGUUUCCCUGUUUACUAAAGAGUGAUGUGGAUGAAGAGGCCGCUGUGGAGAAGGUGAGCUGGUAUGUCUAUAGUUCAAAAGGAAGGAGGAAUGUUCUACAAGACAAUGAGACAUUGGAGGAUGCCUUCGCAGGCCGUGUGUUUUUGUCUGGUGAUGUGUCUAUGGGAGAUCUAUCGAUGACUCUCAGGAAUGUGUCUGUGGAGGAUCAAGGCCUUUAUUUGUGUGUCUUCAUAUCGACAAACUCAACUGUUCUACAGGGGGGCGGGACCAAACUCAGCAUCCGCAAAGAAUCGGGUGUGAUCGAAGAGUCUGUAGGCACUAUAAUUGGCAUUGUUGUGGCAGCUGUUGGCGUGGCACUAGGGCUGGUUGCUGUCAUACUGUCUCAGUUCAAGGACAAGCUGAACUGUCUGCAGAUGUGACGAGGGCAGCGGCCGUGGAUUAUGGAUGUUAGGAGAGUGCCGAAAAGGCCAAAGGUAAACAAGAACAAGCAGGCAUGCAUAAGCCAAGGUCUGAAUUAACCGCAGUAUGUGAUAGAAUGACAUCAGUGACAUUUAUCUCAACCAGCUGUGCCACUGAUACAUGAACCGUCUAGCUUUUGUGAACUUACGCUAAUUGAAACGUAAGCGCACAUAAUUCAUUGUAAGAAUAGGAUCAAGGGAACCGUGUGAAAAUAUUUGGAUUGUUGGAUGAAUGAUCCCUCAGUUCAUGAAUAUUUUUGGAGUUUUGACUGAAUGACAUACUACAUAUCAUAUCAUUCCAGUCUGGCUUAAGUAAGAUUUCUAAAUCAGCUUUACUGUAAUGCUGUGUAUUUAUGCUUGUAUUCCAUAUCAUUGUAUUGCAUGGCCCAAGUUUUAUAUGACUCCUCUAGAAGUUCCAGAUACAAAUCUUUUCAUUGUUUGUUUUGUCGGUGGUCAGCCAACAUAGAGGCAACAUAGAGACCACAAUUUUCCAAUCUAAUUUUCACAGAAUGUUCGUCAUUAUGUUGGAGGAUUUUAUGUCGAUAUCCAUAAAUCACCAAAAAUUACUUUAGAUGGGUUUUUAACAGGCAGGGUCACAUAUUAAAAAAAAUCCUGUAAAAAAAGGAAAUUUUCUGGCAGCUGAGGCGUAAAAAAAACGGUCUAUUUCUGUAAUUUUCCGGGUUUUGGCUGUAUUUUCAAAAAAUAAACUGUAACAAAAAACUCUUGGGGUGCCAGAAAUAUCAGCUGGGGUGCCAGUAAUAAACCAUAAAAAUAACAGUUUUCCUGCUAAAUUACAUGCUUUCCCUGUUUUUGCGGUCUUUUCCUGUAAUGUUUAGGUUUUUGACCGUAUUUUAAAAUACAUGUCAAAAAAUGUUGUUAUGCCGUUAAAUUUUUUUUUACAUUAUACGUGGAAAACCUGUAAAAAAAAUUUUUACAGAAUUAAGUCAUUUUUUUACAGUGUACAGACGGUAAUCAAAUCACAAAAAAUACAUGGGGUUACUAUACUUUUACAAUAAACCCAUGGUUCAUAUUUCUGAUGGGAUACACGGACCUUACAUCAACACAACAGUAAAGAACCUUUCUUAGGGGUCUGGGUUCAGCUUCCCUCAACACAUCUCAACACUACACUGAUGUUGUGCUUCAAAGUCUUGCUUUGACUGAACAAUGCAAUUGCAAACUUCUCAAUUUUCACCACCGUGCCCUUUGUAACACCCACCUGGGCCUAUCUUAACACCUCAAAAAUAGCUGGUUAUGUACUGAUGUAGCUGUGUACGCUUCUGUCCCACAGGCCUAAGUUUGUUUCGUGUGAAAAUCACCCGCUUUCCUGCCGACACAAAUAAGUUGUAUUAUUCAUGGUCUCUCUGGUGACUUGUUUCGU